AGGUCGCGGACAGUCCCCACCCCGGAGGAGCCCACUCUCCGUCCCUCCCACGGAGCUUAUAUAAAGCUAGCACAACCACCAGGCUGUCUUCGGGUUAAGCCUUUAUUCCCCCUUCUUCUCUUGUUGAUGGUGAGGUUCUGCGAGAGAAGGAUGAAGUUCUUUGUAGCUGUCACAGUCAUUGUGGGAUCGCUGAUUUUCCUCGGGUUCCCUAAUGGCUCCUCGGCUGACGAGAAGAAGAAAGGUCCCAAAGUAACCGCAAAGGUUUACUUUGACAUCAGAAUUGGAGACGAAGAUGUGGGAAGGGUCGUCAUCGGCGUCUUUGGGAAAACCGUGCCCAAGACCGUCGACAACUUUGUCGCCCUGGCAACAGGAGAGAAAGGAUUCGGUUACAAGGGCAGCAAAUUCCACAGAGUCAUCAAGCAGUUCAUGAUCCAGGGCGGAGACUUCACCAGAGGAGACGGCACUGGAGGCAAGAGCAUCUACGGAGACCGUUUCCCCGAUGAGAACUUCAAGCUGAAGCACUACGGCCCCGGCUGGCUCAGCAUGGCCAACGCCGGCAAAGACACCAACGGCUCCCAGUUCUUCAUCACCACAGUCCAGACUCCGUGGUUGGACGGCAAACACGUCGUCUUCGGAAAGGUUCUGGAGGGCAUGGAUGUUGUCUCAAAAAUCGAGAGCACAAAGACAGACGGGCGAGACAAGCCUCUAAAAGACGUCACCAUCCACGACUGCGGCAAGAUCGAGGUGGAGAAGCCGUUCGCCGUGGCAAAGGAGUAGAGCGCGGCCCGUUGGGACGGCGGGGAGUCGGACUGGGGCGGGAUGUUGGCGGAAUCGUGCGGGCCACUUUGUUUUAAUCCGUGAUAACGCUGCAGUCCACGAGCAGAGGGAGAGGCAUUCUGCAUUCGGUGGCUGCCAUCUUAAUGCACCAGAACAGGAUUAAUGCAAUCAUGUCAUGAGUCCGGGUCCAUUUACCAACAAGCAUUCCUAGGUGCACUUAACUGUUCGUUGUUGGGCUAUUUUGUAAAACAUUGAACGAAACGGAAAAUAAAGGUUUCAUGUUUUGUUAAA